UUUAAUGUUUGGAUUGGAGAAAGCAUACAUUUACUUUAUAUCUAUUUGUGGACUAUUUUAUUGGAUGGAAUUCAUUUGUUAUUAAAAAGUUAUUAAUCUUUAGCUUGUUUUUAAGAGAUAUAAAAAUAAAUCAAUACACAUAUAUACACAUAUAAUUAAAAAGGGAAUAUGACCAGGUCGAUAAAACUGUUUUAUCGCAGACGCAAGGUGAUUAAAAUUCUCGUUUAUCUAGGCUGUAUGUACUCAGUCAUGUUGUUGACCAAGAGCAGUGAUCUUAUGAACACAAUUCAUUCAUUCUCCUUGUCUCAGAUCGUACGAGGUCAGUCGUCCAGAAUUAUCGGGCGUCCAAAUACCUUUACAUUGGACGAUGCACCAAGAGAUCAUUCGACCGCAACUAAUAAGAGGUUUAAUGUAACAAAAAGAUAUCUUGUCUCAAGUAGUAAAAGUAUAAAUAAAUCCAUAUGGAAAGAACCAUCACAAGACAAUUUUACUGCGAUUGAAAACAGGCCAAGUAUGGUAGCAGUAGACCAUGCUUAUAGUAGUAAGCUAGUACGUGAAAACAAAAUAAUGAAUGCUGCUCACACCAUAGCAGAAUGGAGAGAAGAAGCAAGAGAAAAUGGCGAGUUUCUCCAGGAAAUUCUUAGUCAAAACUACUACCAUUCUGAUUCAAAGAAAAUAUUAUCACUAUUUUUUCUUGGAGGAAAUUCUACGUUUCCUCAACUACAAGAACCUAUUGAAACACCACUUAAAAACAACUACGACAUUGACAAAGAUCUAAUCGUAUUUCUUCACAUACAAAAGACAGGUGGGAUGUAUCUCAACGAGCGAUUCCGUACAAACCUGAAGCUGGAUUUCCCCUGUAACUGUAAAAAUGUUCCUUGUGGUUGCUUGAACAAGCAUCACCGGAUGUGGAUGUACACGAGCGCCUUUUCCGGUUGGACAUGCGGCUUGCACGCUGAUUGGACACAGAUGCACUCUUGCAUACCGCAACUCGCGGACAAGGUGGACAAAGAACAUCGAGAACGAAGAUAUUUCUACAUGACACAGCUACGGGACCCACUUGACCGGUACAUUAGUGAGUGGAACCAUCAAACGAGGGGUGGACACUGGCAGGACUCCUUCUACAUGUGCGCGGGGAAACACACCGAGUGGGUUAACAUUCGCCCUUGUUUCCUAACAGACAACUGGCGCGGCGUUUCAUUGGACGAGUUCAUGAAGUGUAAAUAUAACCUGGCAACCAAUCGGAUGGCGCGGAUGCUGGCAGACUUGGAGCUCUCGGAUUGUUACAAGCAUUUUCAUGAAGAGCGAUAUAAAAGCAUUAGAGCGCCUCAAUGGGUGUCAUCAGCGAAGGCGAAUUUACGUUCUAUGGAGUACUUUGGUAUUAUGGAGGAACCCGAGAAAUCGGACAAACUGUUUAACAAAGUGUAUUCUUUGGAAUUUAAAUCAAAAUCGGUCGGCAAGACAACCGGUAGUGUGCAAAGCAGAUUAACGAAACAACAGUUUUUGAAACUAAUUCAGCUUACAGAGUUGGAUAUGCAUAUAUAUCGUUUUGCUCAGGAUUUGUUUAAUCAACGACUAAACAACUAAUGUUAACAAUGAAGCCCCUUUAUUUGUGUGUUUAUUUGAAGUCAAAUAUUAACUAUUAGGUAAGUAUCCAAGUGUUUCAUAUUAAAAUCUUUUGUUAUUGUAUUAUUGAAAGAUAUCGUCGUCGCAUUACAUUCUAAAGACAAUGAAUCCUGUACUGGAAAUGCAAGGAGGAUUGCGUGUAUUGUGAUCAAUAUAAAAACCAAACGGCAAUAUAUUAUUGACCCGUGUACAUAACAAGAACCAUAACUCUGUUGUCCACUGCUCCUUAACCAAUUGCCCCAAUGAAAAUAAGGCGUUUUAGCCAAUAUUUACUUUUAUGAUGAGUCUGAUAAAAGUGAUUGAAAUUGAUGGCAAUAUGAAAUUGAAUGUUAAACAAGAAUCAUAAUAUCAGGAACUCAGUUUUUAAACGCCUUGGUGUAAUUACAUUCGUUUGUUAAAGGACAGAACAGAUCAGUUUUGUAUUCACGUAAACUUCAUAGUUUCUUGGGAAAAAAUAUACAUUUAAACUACUCAAACUACAAGACAUAAGGUAAUGGUACAUAAUAAGGAUAGGUCUUAUAAGUAAUAUAUAGGUAUAAACCAUUUCACAAGGUAACAAAUAUAAAGCCUGUUCACUUUAUAAAUGAUAUUGGUGUAUAGAGUAUUUAGUUCAAAACAUUUUAAAUAUAAUUAUAGUAACAUAAUGAAAACAAAGAAACUGUGGUAUAACCUUAGAUAAAUUAUCUUACUGCAUUAAAUGUAAUGAAUGUGCCUUUGAAGCUUCAUUUAUAUAUUUACUUAACGUAAAUAUUUCAGAUUUAUUUUCUGAUGACAGUAACUGUACAAGUUUAAACAUACUAGGUCGUUGUCUAUAAUAACGUUUUACAUACUUUUCGCUUAUGUGUUGGUAACAAGGAUAAAUAAGGAUAAAUUAGAAUUCAUCUUCAAUUUCAUUUGCAUCACAAAUUUGGCAUACAGGCAAUUGUCUUUCUGUUCUAUUUUGGCCAGAGCUUUCUGGACUCGUAGACUAUAAACAGUCAAUCGUAGUUUAGUAAGGGUAAAUCUAAGGUGUCUUGAAAUAUAUUUUAUAAGGACAGUACACCUUUCUCAUUUAUUACAUUUUGUUUAAUCAACAUUUGAUUAUGAUUUGGUUAAUGGGAUUUUUUUUUUUUAAAAAAUGAGUUGGAAGGGGGGACCUUGAUAGUACUUUUGAACUGAGAUGACACUAUUCCUAACUGAAGAAAAGUUGAUUAAAAUAAUUUUACGCUCUAAUUAGAUACUUAGAUAUGUAAAAACAUGAGUCAUUUAUUUUUUCGUUUGUGAAAAAAACGUGUUGUAAAUGUCUGUUGUUUUCAUUUCCUGUAUUUUACAUGUCGCUUUGUAAUACAGUAUAAAUGAAUGACAAAGUUUUUGCGUGAAAGAACUUUGUUUUAAAUGUUUACUGUAUCUAUUCUAAUUGCAACUAUAACAUUCUGGUUAAAACUCACCACACACAAAAAAACACAAUAAAGGUAUUUCUGUACACUUGUUCUGGUGUCACAUAUUAAAAAAAAACACUUAAAACUUCAG